AUGGCUCGGCCGGGCCGGCAGUCUCGUGGUUGUGUAUCGAUCAAGUGCCCUAAGAUAUCGCAAGUUGUGGAUGGUUUCAUUAAUUUGAUUGUUGGCAGAGGGUUAGCUGAUCAGCGGGAUACGGCGCGCUAUGAGAGGUCUCUGUUGGGUGCAGAAGCGCGUAACAAGCUUGUCAAAGAGGUUGUGUUCGAGUCUUAUAAGGCAGCCAGUCCUUGUAAAGCUGGAGAGACCAAGCCACUCUUAGAGAGGACGGUAUCUCUGGCAGGGACAAUACCCCAGCAAGGUAGCAUCAGACCUCCUCGUGUAAGAAGGCGAAGACUUGGAGCAGCAGGCGGAAAAUAUGUUACUCCGAUGGGGCCUCCAGAUAUCAGCUGCGCCGACAUUCCUGAAGAACAAUUGUCUCGAACAUACAGCCGCUCGUGUGUCUGGGAUCCCAAAACAAAUCCAGUUCCUCCCAUGCAAGAAAUGGAAGGAUUCGGGAGGUUUCGAAGGUCAGUGCAUGCUGAUGCAAACUGGCAGCUCAACAAAUAUCGUGGAGACUUGCAAACACUUGGACCAGUGGCCGUUCAACGUCUAGGGGAUUUCGAAAUCGCGAAGUUGAAAGAUGGGGUCAUGAACAACAUUCGAACAUCAAGUUACACUUCAUUGGCCUCCCGCUCAGAUUCCGGAGAAAGUUCCACUUGCCCACGAAUCUGCAGGGGCUUCAGCCCAGCCAUGAUUUCUUCUAUCAGCAAAGCAAGCAAAGGUAGCAAAGGUCGCAGCCUUUCACCAAAGCGCAGUAGUUUUCGCACGACAUCACCCAACCACAAUGACGGUACAAACGAGCGAAUACGACCGCAGUAUAAGCGUACGUCCUUCUUACGAUUUGAGGCAGGUUCCGCGCCGCUGGCAACGAUCGACGAGGCUGCGGGUGUGCAGCAGAAGAAGAAAACGGUUCCUCUGAUAUUUGAUGAAAAAGGAGCGGCAGAUGCAGUAAUUGAUGAUGAGGAGUACGAGACGUACGAGGAAAGUUUCGCCCUUGCAAAAGCCCCUACCAAGCCUAUUGCCCAGAACGCAAUUAAAGUCUCAUCGAACUGGCACGAGAAGGCGGCUCAGAUGCCGCAGGCUGUUUUGCCCACAAAGACCCGUGGUAGUCGUCUAUAUCGUACCUUCGAUCAUGCUCCAGAGAAGGCACGCGUCGUCCAGAAGAAGUCAACUAAGGUGGCCACACGAAGGCUGAGCUCUCGUGGUGGAAAAGCAUUAGCGAACCGGGUUAUCGCCAAAGACGACAUCAUUCAGGCAACCGAUACCCAACUACCAGCUGGUGCGAAGGCGCCAGUGUUGCCAAUCAACCCCACUUCACCAUCUGCAGUUGUUUCCACCAAACCUUCAUCUACAUCGUCCGAUGGGUCUGCAGAUACGAACAAAGCUGACGCCACUCUGUACAUUGCCACUCCAAAGGCCUCAACAGCUGUUUCAAAUGGGAACAAUGAUGCCUUAUGUCCCUCGAAUCGAGCUAAUCAGCCAGUCACCACUGGUGUACCACACUAUCCUCGACUCUCGAGCAUCCAAGGGAGACAGAGGUCCAAUACCGCAUUUCGAGUUCGUUCUGGCAACAUUCCAACUAUUUAUCUUGAAGGAAAUGCAAAGCACCUUCUCGACACCUGCGAGAUUGAUCGGAAACCCCUCCAGCCUAUGCCUGUCUGA